AGCGAGGGGGACGGGAAGAGUGUGAAAAGUGGUGGGGCUGGAAAGGAGACCCGAAGAGAGGUGCUCUUGGGUGGGCGGAGGAAGCUGCUGGGAGCCUGGGAAUCAAGACAUCGCCACAGCCAGGGGCCACGUAGACGCCAACCCCACAGCAGCAGCAGCGAAAACACCACCACCAGAUACAACCUUCCCUGGAUGCUGCCUCUGCAGCCUCCCCACAUGGCCAUGGAGAACCUAGUGGACGGGUUCGACCAGGAGCCGGACGAACAACCCCAUGUGGACCUCUCGGACCUGAAACGCCGCUCCAAGCACACCUAUGGGCGCCUGGUGAGCCACCUGGGGAUGACGCGGUACGUGAAUGGGAGUGAGAGAGGGAGCAGGGAGCGGCUGGUGAGACAGCUGGCCGGGAGAUUGAUGUGGGUGGGCGUGGUGCCGCGGUACGGGUCGGCUGUGGGCGAGUUUGGGCGCGCACUGGUGCCCCUGAUGGAGGUGGCUGGGCACCUGGAGGCCUCGUUAGAGUCACGGGCAGAAGGAGAGGUGUGCUUCCAGAACCUGCGCCUCCCAAUCAACAAGCUGCACCGCCCGCACAGCGCUGACCUCACUCGCCGCUGCGCCUCUCUUGCUGCCCGCACCAGCACUGAAUCCCAGGAACGAGCACCCUUUCCGCCCCAUUCCUCUCACCCCACCAUCCUUGCUCACACUGACUUCCUUGCUCACACCUAGUCCUAACUCAAAACUAACUCUUUUUCCUUAUCAUGCCUAACUGCCACCUGGCGCGGAGCCCGUAACCCGUUUCGCGCUUGCCCGUUUUGCGCUGGCGACUUGCGCGCUGGCGCGUUUCUCACUGUCGCCUUGCA